AUGGCUCAAAAUCUGAUGGAUUGCUCAAAUAUUCUUAGUUGGAAUGUAAGGGGUAUGAAUAAGAGAGACAAACAACAUGCCAUUCUGAGUCUCUUAAAGAUGAAUAAAGGGGGUAUUUGUGGUUUAUUAGAGAAUAAAUUAAAGAGGGAUAAGGCUAAUGAUAUGAUGACUAAAGUGUUCUUUGGCUGGGAUCACUAUAGCAGUACGGUCACAGAAGGCAGAUUACUGGUUCUUUGGAGGAAUUCUUUUGUCAAGGUUCAGGUUUUGUUGGAACACCAGCAAUUUAUACACUAUUUGGUUAGAUUUUCUAGCUUACAGCUAGAAAUAUUGAUCACCUUUGUUUAUGGUUUUAACUCUUUGGUUGAGAGAUUGGAUAUGUGGAGGGGUUUAUCUUCUAUUCAUGUUUUGAACAAGCCUUGGCUGGUUGUGGGAGAUUUCAACGCUGUUUUUAAUUUUGAUGACAGAUUGGGAGGGAAGGUGAUUAGUGCUACUGAGAUUCUUGACUCUACUGGUUGGCUAGCUUGUUCUCAGCUGGCUUCUCUCAAGUAUUGGAUUGACACCUUGCCGAAUUCUAUUGCUGAGCUUCAGUGGGAUGUUCAUUCAGAUCAUUGUUUUUUUCUCAUUAGGACACUUAAGAUUGGGAAUCUGGGCAUAAAACCUUUUCGGUUCUUUAAUUGCUGGAUUGCUCACAGAAGGUUUAAAGAGAUAGUUAUGGACAAUUGGCAUAAGCCUAUGACAGCAGGGGGCUUAUUGGGAGUGACAAAGAAGCUACUAAGGCUGAAACAUGUUUUGAAAGUUUUUAAUAGGAAGGAAAUUGGAGAUAUUGAACAAGGUUAUCAUCAUGCUAAGGGAGUCUAUCAGCUGGCUUUAUCAAAAGCUCAAGCUUCUCCUUCAGAUGUUGCUGCUCAGGAGGCUGAAAAAUUAGCUGCGGUUUGCUAUAAAGAACAUUAUCCUCGAUACAGAAGUUAUUUGAUUCAGCGUAGCAAGGUCACAUGGCUUCAGAAGGGUGAUGAAAAUAACUCGUACUUUCAUGCUUGCAUUAAAAAAGGAAAGGAGGAGAAUCAUAUUGUUUCUUUUCUGAAUGAAUAG